CUCGUGUCCGGGUCCAGAGAGACGCUUCAGAGGCGAGAAGCAGCAGCAGCAGCAGAGAGCAAAGGCAGCGACAGAAACAGAAACCACUUGGACGUUACGCACUGAGUCCCACUGCCUCCACGACCAGCAGAGCCGGGUGUUCGGACUCCGUACAGUUUAUCAGAGAAAGCGGGGGGAAAACUUUGGAGCGAUGCAGUCGGUGUACCAGCACCUGAUCAGCCUGCUGUUCGUCUUCAGCAGCCUGCAGGUUCACCAGCUGACGGAGGGCUGUUCGUGCGCUCUGACGCACCCGCAGGACGCAUUCUGCAACUCCGACAUAGUGAUUCGAGCUAAAGUUGUGGGCAAGAAGCUGCUGAGAGACGGACCGUUUGGGACGAUGCGCUACACAGUGAAGCAGAUGAAGAUGUACAAAGGAUUCGACAAAGUCCAGCACGUGCAGCACAUUUACACAGACGCCUCUGAGAGUUUGUGCGGCGUCAAGUUUGACAUCAACAAGUACCAGUAUCUGAUCACAGGUCGAGUGUACGACGGCAAGGUUUACACGGGGCUGUGCAACUUCAACGAGCGGUGGGAGCGUCUGUCGCUGGCCCAGAAGAAAGGCAUCAACCAUCGCUACCAGCUGGGCUGCAACUGCAGGAUUAAGCCCUGCCACUACCUGCCCUGCUUCGUCACCUCAAAGAACGAGUGCCUAUGGACGGACAUGCUGUCCCACUUCGGCUACCCCGGCUACCAGUCCCGGCACUACGCCUGCAUCCAGCAGAAGGAGGGCUACUGCAGCUGGUACCGAGGCAUGACCGCCCGCGAUAAAACCACCAUCAACGCCACCGACCCCUGAGCCCACCCUGAACCCGAAAACCACCUCCCCUGACUCCGUCCCUCCAUCCCCGAUCACUUUUUAGAGUAUUACAGGACUCUUCGAAGCUCGCUGGCCUGGGUGAGCGCCCACUUUGUCAAAACAAACAAAAAAAGGGGGCAAAAAAAAGAGAAAAUCCAUUACAGUGCCUGUUCGUAGCACUUCUGAUAGAAAACAAUACCUUUUUUUGUUGUUGUACAGAUCACCCUGUAAAUCUAUGAUGUUUUUCUCACGAAACAAUCAGUCCACCGAACUGUCUCUUUAAGGUUCAGUGGUGUUAAAGAGGUGGCAAAGACACAAAAGGCCAAUAAGAAGUGUAAGACUUUGAUCAACCUCUGCUGGGAUUUUCAACUAAUCUUCAUAAAUUCAAGAUUUUAGACAGUAUUGUGGUAAUUUUUCGGCAAUCAAGAACUCUGAAAACUAUAAUUCUUAAAGAAUAAGAUGAAAUAAAAUCAGUAGAACAACAACAUGAUGUAAAUUAGAGAUCUGAAGUACAGAAAGCAGCCAGUAAUCUUCAUUUCGUGCCAACAUAUAAGGUAUGAUCUCUGAAAUUUACAGCUCUUAUUAGGCUUCUGAAAACGGUAUUGUUUCACAGUGAAGUACACAUCGAUUAUGUUCAGUUUCUACUGUAACAUGUGUCUUUAUGAUGGUAGAUUCUCUGCUUCCCUGAGCGUUUGUAGCGCAACUCAUUUUGCAGUUGCGCCACAAACAGCCAGUCCUGUCCGUUGUGCACUGAUAAAAACAAACAAAAAGAAAUGGAAUGCAGUGCCGACGCAGGGAAGAGCUUGCAGAGAAAGUGAUAUUUUAUUUUUGCUGUAUAUAACAUAAGCUACAGAAGUCAACUCAGCUGAAACCUCUGUAAUACAUUUAUUUAUAUGUUUAUUGGAUUACACAGUAACCGUGUUAUAUAUGUGCCGAAUAGUUUAUAUAUAUAUAUAUAUAUAUAUAAACAGGCCAAAACUACAUUGUGAAAACCAGCGCAGCAUGUUUAAACCGUCCAGAAUGAAGGACCAGCAUCUGCAAGUUCAAUAUUUUAUGGUACUUUUUUUUCUUUUUCUUUUUUUUGCUUGAUCCCCGACUGGUACCAAUAAUCCAAUAAAAGUGCAGUACAAGCAGAGGUUUCAGAGAGAUAUGAGAUAUUUUGUAAGUGUAUAUUCAAUCUUUUGUAUUUAACUAUUUGAAAUGGACAUUAUAUAUAUAAAUGAAAGUAACAAUGUUGUCACUAAAUUCAUUCUUCUUCACCUGUUCUCAUCGAGGGUUUUUCUCUUAUUUCCCUUCAGUUCAUUCCAUUAACGGACACAGACUCGCCUCAAACGGAGAAACAGCCUCUUUGUUGCUUAUUCUAAAAUAGUAUAGAAAACUGCUGCUUUGACCAAGUUAGUUUUCAAAGACGAACGGGGAAUAAAGACUGAAAAUUUGUAGUUAAACGCGAUAAAGUCGCAUAAAACGUACUAAAAAUAGAGAGGUUUUUUUGGACUGACAGAGUUACUGCAGCAGUAUUUGUGAACUUCCAUGAAACUGGAACAGCUUUGAAGAGAUUAAUAACGGUAAAUAUUAUUUACCGUGGAAGGCUGCAGCUUGUUUUGCGCUAAAAUCGUCAGUGGUUAAAAGCUGUUAUAUUAGCAAACGGAAAAGCAUCCAUUGUACUACAUUCAUUUGAUUUGCAUUGAUUGGGAUUCCAAAUAUACAGUCACCAUUUCUAAAAAUAAACAUAAGAAUAGAAAUAAAAUCUUAACAUAGUUAAUUUUUAACUGCUUAAAAGUGAGAUUAUUAUCGUAAGAAGUGUUUAAAACAGUUGGGAAAUAUGCUUGUUUGAUUAGAUAAGAAAAUUGUUACAAUUCGUGUCUAAAAUUAAACCUUAAGGCAACUUUCAAUUAGCUUAGCUUACAGUGGCAUACCAGGAAACAGAUUUAUGGCAAUAAAAUCUGCCUGCCAGUGUGUCGUACACUUACAAACCAUCAUACUGUACAAAUAUUUAUGAGUAACAACAAUGAAUGUAUUACAUACAUGAGAUCUUGCAGUUUUUACGCUGACUUGAAUUUUAUUCCUUUACUUCCAAGGUGACAAAAAUUCAGUAUUUUCCCAUUUUGGUGAAAAUUUUUUUUCCCACCAGCUAAAGUGAGAUUAAAUCAGAUUCGACUGAACCUGUCAACACCAGCUUGUCAAUACUAAAAAUACACAAAAAUCCAACAAAAAACGCAAACCAACUUUCCAAAACAUCCCAUUUCUGUCUCUACACGUGACAUUGAGGCUGUUCCUCCAGCUGUGGCGUUUCUGCGUCAUUAUUUCUGUGGUUCAUGUUCGUGUAAAUAUACUGUCUGCUUAACACAGAAACAGUCAAGUUUGAUCCUUUCAGAGAAAAAGAAAAAUCCAAUCAAGGAAGCUGUGUACAGUCUGUGUUUAAACACUGAUUCCUGAGCUGUGUGGGUGGGGGGUGUUUCCUUGUAGGGGUUAUAGAAAUGUUUGACUUAAUUUCUGUGUUUUAUAUUUUUAUAAUAAAGAUUUAAUGAAAAAUGG